GCGAUACUUAUUUUUUGGUUAUUGAUUGCAUCAGGGGGUGGGAUAUCCCGAUAUUAUUGGUUGUUGGGACUCUUAAUUAUAGCUAAAUUCUUUCACUUUCAGAUUCCACCGAUUCUCAAUCUGUUUCUUCUUAGUUUGUUACUGAAAAGCUAUUCGGUUUUUACUUGCACCCAAAAAUCUGGGUUUCUUUUCUUUGCAGCAAAGCAUACUUCAUCACUCUCCACUACUUUCUAUAAGUACAACAACAAAAGGACCUUAGAUUGUAAAGAGAAGUGCCUUCUUAACUUUCUGGGUUCUGGGUUGUGUUAUCAAUGGAGAAAGUUUUGAUCUUUUUAGUGUUUCUGAGUUUGUUGUCAAUAAUUGAAGGAGCUCCUAAAGAUGCUUUAAUUACAGAACUUCCUGGUUUUAAUGGGAGUUUCCCAUCUAAACACUACUCUGGAUAUGUGACUAUUGAUGAGAAAACUGGGAAGAAUUUGUUCUAUUACUUUGUGGUUUCAGAAAGAAAACCAUCUGAAGAUCCUGUUGUUCUUUGGCUUAAUGGUGGACCUGGUUGUUCUAGUUUUGAUGGAUUCAUUUACGAGCACGGUCCGUUCAAUUAUCAAGCUGCAAAGACUCAUGGAGGUCUCCCACAGCUACACCUUAAUCCAUAUAGCUGGUCUAAGGUUUCCAACAUUCUCUAUUUGGAUUCUCCAUCUGGUGUUGGAAUGUCUUACUCCGAUACCGAGAGCGACUAUAAAACUGGUGACAGGAGGACCGCUAUUGAUUCACACGCAUUUCUGCUCAAGUGGUUCGAGCUAUAUCCGGAAUUCCUCUUGAACCCAUUUUACAUCAGCGGGGAGUCCUACGCUGGGGUGUAUGUGCCUACUCUUGCUUCAGAAGUUGUUAAAGGACUUGACGCCGGUUCAAAGCCUGUUCUCAACUUUAAGGGUUACAUGGUGGGAAAUGGUGUUACUGACGACGCAUUUGAUGGAAAUGCUCUUGUGCCUUUUGCCCAUGGAAUGGCUCUUAUCUCGGAUAAUCUGUUUGAGGCUGUUACUACUGCCUGUAAUGGAAAUUACUGGAAUUCAACAAACAGCAUAUGUUCAAAAUUGCUUGAGAAAGUCGAUCAAGAAGUUGAUGGUCUAAAUGUCUAUGACAUUCUUGAGCCCUGCUAUCACAGUACAGAAGCAAGAGCAAAUGAUCACCUAAGGUUACCAUCUAGUUUCAAGAAAUUAGGUGAAACUGAAAGACCUCUUGCUGUGAGAAAAAGGAUGUUCGGUCGUGCUUGGCCUUUUAGAGCUCCAGUUAGAGAAGGACUUGUUCCAACUUGGCCACAAAUCCUCAACGGUGUCGGUGGAAAUGUUCCGUGCACUGAUGAUGAAGUUGCAACUUCAUGGUUGAAUAACAAAGCAGUAAAGAAAGCAAUUCAUGCCAAGGAAAACCUUGAUUGGGAGUUAUGCACGGGCAAUAUCGAGUAUUAUCACGACUUAGGAAGCAUGAUCCCGUAUCACAGGAACCUUACUGCCCGUGGAUAUCGUGCAAUUAUAUUCAGCGGUGAUCAUGAUAUGUGUGUCCCAUUCACCGGGAGUGAAGCAUGGACAAGAUCUCUUGGAUAUAAAAUCGUCGAUGAAUGGAGGCCUUGGUUUUUCAACGAUCAAGUUGCUGGGUACACUCAAGGCUAUGACAACAAUCUAACAUUUCUCACCGUGAGGGGAUCCGGACAUACUGUCCCUGAAUACAAACCCAAGGAGGCUUUGGCAUUUUUUACACGAUGGUUGGCCGGAGAGAAAAUUUGAGAAAGAAAAACAACCCAAGAGCAAACAAAUAGAAAGACAAUUACACGGAGCAUAAUGCUUGGCUCGGUUGGUUCCACCAUUGUUCAUCUCUUAUCAGGUGGAUUACCAAUAAAACAUGGGCUAACACUAGAAAUUUAUGGGACAGCUUUUCUCUUACAGUCCUCAAUUGUUUGUUGCUAAUGCAAAGCUAGGAAAAUGUACCCGAAUCUCAUUUAUAUAUGCAGACGCAACAUUUCCACAUGUUUCAGCAUUUUAUAUUAACAGUUCUACA